UGUUAGAGUAAGCCACUUACUUCUACGAUCUUUGUUGUCAUCGCGGUGCAUUGUGGGUAGUUAGCCCCAUCAGGCUAACAUAACAACUUUAAUGUCUCUCUCAUAUUGUGGUAUAGUCGUCGGGUUUGUUGACUUGGUAGCUAGCGACUGUAAAAUGCCUUGCAUUACUGGUAUUUUAAUGUGAUGGUAAACAGAUUAAAUCUUGAAAACUGGGCUUUAGAAUACAAAGUGUCACUAAUUAGCUGCUAAUGCUAGUUAGCAUAACAUGGAUCGAUGCAUGACAGGCACGUGUAAUUGAGUAAACAAUACCAUGGCAAUGUUUGGAUAUUAGAGCAAAUAACCGUUGUUUUCCCCAUUUUGUACCUUACAGUUCAAGCCGUUGUAUUAUUCUUGCAUGUGGUCACGGACUGUUGGCUGUAACUGAACUGUCAACAUACUCGAGCACACUAUAACAUUAGUGAAACAACAUGGCUCAAUGAUAAAGACAUGUGCAUGCUUUUCCUAUUUUAUAUGAGGACUAGUACUUCCUAUUCUUACCUCAGCUACCAUUUAUAGUCCAUGUUUUGUAUCGUUCUAGUGUUUAUUUAGCUGCUUUGGGGGUCAUACAGUAUGCUGCUCAAUUGUCUGAGAUGCCCUAGAACGUAUCUGGCAUUCAGAGGUCAAUUACAUCCAACGCGUCUUUUAAGUUCGGUGAGCAAUUCCUCCUCUACUGGAGGCAAUCAAGCUCCUAGUUGGCAUGUAGGUCGUGCAGUGUCGUACAGCGCCAAGUGCACAGUGCCACCACCACUGUGCAACACAGAUGGCCAUCCAGAUGCACACAGCAGUCAGUUGCUGCUUGAGUCAAGACGAAGAGGUCCAGCUUGUGUGGCAAAGAACAAGAAGCUGCUGCAAAGAGAAGCAUUAUGGCCAGUGUCUUUUGUCCGCCAAAGAAUGACUGAAGCGCCUCUUUCCACUGUACAGCCAACUUUUGUCGUGAUGAGGUUUGACCAGAAAGGAACCGUAACAUCAUUUGAGAAGAAGAAGAAUGAACUUUGCCAGGAGCUAAGUCUUCAGGCUAGGGACCUUCGCUUUUUGCACAGUACCAGCCUUGCCACGAGAAACAACUGCAUUAUUAUCCGAAUGGAGUCAUUGAAAGCCAUCAUAACCCCACUUUGCCUUUUGGUUUUGGAUUUUCGUGGUCUGGGUUUGGAACACUGGCUUGUGCUGGAGCUCGCCUCACAGCUUGCUUCACAGACUCACUCGCUGCCUUUUGAGUUCAGGGCUCUGGAGGCCAUUCUGCAACACAGGGUAAACAAUCUCCAAACCCGAUUGAAUGAAGUUGAACCAGUGAUAUUGGACAUUUUGGAAUCUCUGGUGGAUCCGAAAAUCUUGUCUGCCGAUAGAAGUAAACUACACAUACUGCUGCAGAACAGUAAGAGUUUAUCCGAGUUAGAGACGGACAUUAAGGUGUUCAAGGAUUCUUUGUUGAAGAUUUUGGAUGAAGACGAAAUCAUUGAAGAACUAUGUCUUACCAAGUGGACAGACCUGAGAGUUUUUGAGGAGAGCAGUUUGGGGAUUGACCAUGCAGAGGAGAUGGAACUUUUGUUGGAUAAUUACUACAUGCAGGCUGAGGAGCUGGGGAACAAGGCCAGGGAGCUGAAAGGUCUGAUAGACGACUCAGAGAGUGUCAUCUUUAUAAUUCUGGACAGCCAUCGAAAUGUGAUGAUGCGUUUGAACCUGCAACUGACCAUGGGAACAUUCUCACUCUCUUUGUUUGGUCUCAUCGGCGUGGCUUUUGGGAUGAACUUGGAGUCGUCUUUCGAAGAGGACCGUCGUGUUUUCUGGCUGGUUACAGGGUUCAUGUUCCUGGGGAGCGGCUUGAUUUGGAGGCGACUGCUGUCCUUCCUGGGACGACAACUAGAGCCUACAUUACUCCCACCAAUUCCUCCUGUUUGGAAGAGAAAUCUGAAAGCGUCGGAGAUGAAGCCCGGAGUCAAAUGAUUCUACCAACCUGGGACUAGUUUGAGGGUUGAUAGAAUCAUGUCCUGCAGCACAUAGGCCAGGUGUGUGAUUAUUAUAUUGUGUGAUGGCGCAGUCAUCUCUGGUUCUUGAGGAGUGUGUUUGUCCUUCACAUUGUCUAUUGGUGACACACACGACUUCCAAUCUUGAUUUCUAUCAAUGUGAACAUUAUAAACACGUGCAGUCAUGUUGUUGCAUGUCAGGAUACUGAUGGGAUUCACAUUUCAGAUAUGAUUCAUCCAUGAUAUACAGUGUUAUAUAUUGUCCAUCCAUCCAUUUUCUACCGCUUAUCCCUUUUGGGGUUGCGAGGAGUGCUGGAGCCUAUCUCAGCUACAAUUGGGCGGAAGGCGCGGUACACCCUGGACAAGUCGCCACCUCAUCGCAGGGCCAACACAGAUAGACAGACAACAUUCACACUCACAUUCACACCCUAGCAGAGGUGGGUAGUAACGCGCUACAUUUACUCCGUUACAUCUACUUGAGUAACUUUUGGGAUAAAUUGUACUUCUAAGAGUAGUUUUAAUGCAACAUACUUUUACUUUUACUUAAGUAUAUUUAUAGAGAAGGAACGCUACUUUUACUCCGCUACUUUUAUCUACAUUCAGCUCGCUACUCGCUACUAAUUUUUAUCGAUCUGUUAAUGCACGCUUUGUUUGUUUUGGUCUGUCAGACAGACCUUCAAAGUGCCUGCCUUACUGGUGACGUUUCACUUCGUUCCACCAAUCAGAUGCAGUCACUGGUGACGUUUCACUUCGUUCCACCAAUCAGAUGUACCGGUAGUCACUGGUGACGUUGGACCAAUCAAACAGAGCCAGGUGGUCACAUGACCUGACUUAAACAAGUUGAAAAACGUAUUGGGGUGUUACCAUUUAGUGGUCAAUUGUACGGAAUAUGUACUGUACUGUGCAAUCUACUAAUAAAAGUUCCAAUCAAUCAAUCAAAAGUGUGAAGGAAAAAAGAUACUUUUUAUUUCAACCGUACAUCCCGUCAAAAGCCUAAAGACUGACUGCACAGUUCCUGUCUUCACAAUAAAAGUGCCGCUCCAUCGCGCCUGCGCUUUCAAAACAAGAGUCUCCGAAAGCCAGCGCAAACAAGCUAGCAAGCUUAGGAGUUUGACGCCAAUAUAUUUCUUGUAAAGUGUAUAAAAACGAAUAUGGAAGCUGUACAAAUAAGAUGCCAAAAACCCACCACUUUCAUGUGGUAUUAGACAGAAAGGAGGAAAGGAGGAACUUUUCUUCUCCUCCAUUUGAAAAUGUGGACGUUACCAGCACUACUGUCUGAUUACAAUCAAUGCAAGUCAUCAGAAUCAGGUAAUACACCAACUUAUAUUAUUGUGUUCAUAAAAGAAAGGAAUCUAUAUGUUAAACAUGCAUGUAUAUUCAUUAAAACAUCUUUAACAUGUAAACAAAA